AUGGCACCCUUCUGGAGCUCUUCGUUGAGCUGCCUUUCUGUAUUUCUCGUCUUGGCCAGUGCUUUACCAGGUGAAAUCACACAUUGGCCCAAAAAUCCUCCCGUGUUGAAGAAAACCUCUUGUGGGAGACAUACGUACAAAUACCAUGGCCUCGAAGGUUAUGGAACUAUUCCCUCCGAUGCGUUGGACAAGUAUGGCGAUACACUUGGUGGGAUCGGUAGCGCUGUUGCUAUAGAGCAAUCUUCAUGGAAAAGGAAGCGCGAUGGAUCUUAUGAAGGCAUUGCAUGGGCAUUGCCGGACCGUGGUUGGAACACCAAUGGCACAUUAAACGUCCAGUCGCGGAUUCAAAAGUUGAGUUUGAAGUUCACUCCAGCGCCUGACGCGAGCGCGAAGAAACCGUCCAAGCAAAACUUGCAGAUAAAAUAUCUGGAUACGAUUCUUCUCACUGGGCCGGACGGCACGCCCACCACGGGAAUUGACGCAGACGCCACGGGCUUCAUCUCCUUCCCGGGAUUUCCACCGUUGCCUGGAGCCACUAUCAAGGGAGACGGCUUUGGCGGUGGAGGACCGGGCGGACGUCGCAUCAGUUUGGACUGCGAAGGCAUUGUUCUAGGUCGCGAUGGCUCGUUCUGGGUUUCAGACGAGUAUGGUCCCUAUGUCUAUCAGUUUUCUCGCAGCGGCCGGAUGUUGCAAGCCAUCCAACCACCAGAUGCCUUCCUCCCACACCGUAAUGGCAAACUGAGCUUCAGCGCCGCCUCGCCUCCGAUAUACGAUCCUGACCGAUUGCCUGACCCAGAGGACACUGAGUAUGGGCGUAAUAAUAACCAAGGUUUCGAAGCUUUAACAGUUUCGCCCGAUGGCAAGAGGCUCUUCGUUAUGCUACAGUCUGGAAUGAAUCAGGAGGGCGGCCCAAAGAAACAAUACCGCAAGCAGACGCGCUUGCUCGAAUACGAUAUCUCUAGACGAAAGCCGCGGUACAAGCACUCCUACGCCGUAACGUUGCCAACAUAUGUGGACUAUACAAAGAAGGACCCCGAAAAGGCUACGGUUGUGGCAUCGCAGUCCGAAAUCCUUUACCUUCCUACUGGCGAUCUGGUGGUUCUGGCGCGUGAUUCCGGUUUUGGCCACGGCCAAUCUGAGUCUCGCUCCGUCUACCGCCAUGCUGAUAUCAUCUCCAUUCCCCGCCGGGCAACAGAUCUAAAAUCAACGCAGUACGACAAGGUUAAGGGUGCAAUCGCAUCGCCUACUGGGGUGCUAAAGCCAGGAAUUAAACCUGUUGACUAUUGUCCGUUUAUUGACUACAACAUUGAUUCCGAACUCGCCAAAUUUGGACUCCACAACGGUGGCGAGCAGGAUCAAAACCUGCUCAAUGAGAAGUGGGAGAGUCUUUCCUUAGUUCCAGUCGAUACAAAAGGUCGCCGGCAUCAUGGAAAGAGAGAGUAUUUCCUCAUUAGUUUCAGUGAUAAUGAUUAUAUCACCCAGCGCGGACGCCUAAACUUUGGCAAGUUCAAAUACGCUGAUCAGUCCGGAUUCAACCUGGACACCCAAGCAUUGGUUUUCCGGGUAUCUUUUUAG